UCGUCUUUUAGCGAUCAGCGUGUUUCAGUCAUAAUGAGUAUUAUUCGUUGCAAAAAAGAAGUGUCUGUUACUCAAUAUCACUAUAUCAUUAUUAUUGGACAUUCUUCAAUGGAGCAGAUGGUUUUGGUGGUAUUCACGUGUUGAUGGACCUGGAUAAUGGAUAUUUUGGACAAAUUUGACAGGAAAUGAAGGGGCAGGUAUAGCGACUAGACUAGCCAUCGAGAAUUAAGCGUGAAUGACGGCUAAUAACGUGGGGAUUACAACCGGACGAAACUACAAUGUCAGUGAAAUUCAUCAUCCUGCAUGUUCUGUUUGAAAUGGUACGACCAGUAUAUAAUGCGGUUAAUGGCCUGACAUACGGAAUCAGUCUUAACUCUCUACUAAUCGAACGGUAACGAACGCUUCUACUGUACUGCAUUCGUCGUUUCCUUCACGCCAUUGCAAUGCAUGAACAGUCUCAGUCAUCAGUUGGGAAAGAGGGAAGCCUUCAGGAUCACUCUGUUGGGCGAUUUUCUAUUCAUCUUAAUGUGAACAAGCUUGACGAGAAGGCUCACUUGCGUGACAGCAUUCGGAUGACCCGGAGCUUGAAAGACCAUUUGAAUCGCGAGACUUUACCUUCUCCGGACAACUACCAUCCUCAUCUUCUGACCAUUGGAUCCCGAGCAACCCUGGAUGAGCUGCACCUUGGCGAGGUUUACGAACAAAAAGAUGACAACUCUGAAGUGGAAAUCGUUGCUGCUGGUUUCAAAUUUGGUUGGGUUCAAGGAGUUUUGAUCCGAUGCUUGCUCAACAUUUGGGGAGUCAUGCUUUUCCUUCGCCUGUCUUGGGUUGUGGGACAAGCCGGAAUUCUCCAAGCGAUUUUAAUUGUUCUGCUGGCCACGGCUGUCACUAUUUUCACUUCUUUGUCAAUGUCAGCCAUCAGCACAAACGGCCAGAUCAAAGGAGGAGGAACAUAUUACAUGAUAUCCCGCUCCCUUGGUCCGGAAUUCGGAGGAGCCAUUGGAAUCAUCUUCGCCCUUGCUAAUUCAAUGGGUAUCGCGCUUCACACUGUUGGCUUCUGCGAAGCGCUCAGCGAUAUGCUUAAGGAAUAUUUCGAUAUCGAGAUUGUUGAUGGAGGUCUCAACGAUAUUCGAAUCAUUGGUUCUAUCACGCUUGUUGUCUUGGGCGCAAUCGUUGCCAUCGGAAUGGAAUGGGAGGCCAAGGCUCAGUUACUGUUUAUGGGAAUUUUGAUCGUUGCGUUGGCCAAUUUCAUUGUGGGAAGUAUAAUGGGGCCUACUACGGACGACGAAUUAUCCAAAGGAUUCAUCGGCUACAAUCUUGAGAUAAUAACUACAAACUUUGAACCCGAUUAUCGCGUCACAAACGGAUUAGAGCAGAGCUUCUUUACCGUAUUCGCAAUUUUUUUCCCAGCCGCAACUGGAAUUUUGGCUGGCGCUAACAUCUCGGGUGAUUUGAGGAAUCCCUCAGAAGCUAUUCCUAAAGGCACCAUAUUGGCUAUCAUCACCACAUCAUUCUCGUACAUCUUGUUCGCCAUCAUUGCAGGAGCUACUACUCUUCGCGAUGCUACCGGGGACCCAGCUAAUUACACAGUUAAUGGAACUGUAAGCGAAUACAUGAAAACCUGCGAAAAUGAAACUUGCGAAUGGGGAUUACAAAACAGUUACCAAGUGAUGACGUUAGUGUCGGCUUUCGGACCACUCAACUAUGCCGGAUGCUUCGCCGCAACUCUUAGUUCGGCCCUUGCCUGCUUCGUCUCUGCUCCCAAGAUCUUUCAAGCCUUGUGCAAUGACAAAAUUUUCCCUUAUCUACAUUUUUUCGGCAAAGGAUACGGCAAAAAUCAAGAGCCUCUAAGAGCUUACGCCUUAGCCUUUGCAAUUGCUUUGGCCUGUAUUCUGAUAGCUGAAUUAAACACUAUCGCUCCCUUGAUUACCAACUGUUUCUUGGCGUCUUACAGUUUGAUAAACUUAUCCACUUUCCAUGUCGAUCUGCUCAAACCUGUCGGAUGGCGUCCCACCUUUCGCUAUUACAACAAAUGGCUAAGCCUUUUAGGUUUUGGUCUUUCUGUUGCCGCCAUGUUUUUGUGCAGCUGGCCCACGGCUCUUGUGACAUCCGCCUUAGUUGUUACAUUCUUUUUUAUAGUCAGGUAUCGCAAACCAGAUGUGAACUGGGGUUCAUCGACACAGGUGCAAGUGUACAAAGCAGCCCUCAGCAGUGUCCAACAGUUCAGUACUAUUGAAGAACACAUUAAAACAUAUACGCCACAAAUUCUAGUCAUGACUGGAUUGCCAAACAUGCGACCCUCUCUUGUUGAUUUCGCAUACCUUUUCUGUAAAAAUAAUUCGUUAAUGAUUUGUGGUGACAUCCUCAAGGAGCGACAGAGUCACAAACAACGUACUGAACGGACCCAAAAGUCUUUGCAUUGGCUCCGGGCUCACAAGACGAAAUCUUUUUAUUCAUUGAUGGACAAUAUCUCAUUCCCCAACGGAGUCGGAGCAAUGUUGCAGGCCACCGGAGUUGGCAAAAUGAAGCCCAACAUCCUUCUAAUUGGCUACCAAAGCAAAUGGAAAACCAGCCAAAAUAGUGAAAUCGACGAAUAUUUUACGGCAAUUAAUACCGCGCUAGAGAUGCACAUUGCCGUAACGAUACUGCGCGUCGAGGAAGGGCUCGAUUACACAGGGAUUAUCAGAGAUUUUGAUAUAAAAGAUCUCGUUAAGGAGAAACCAAUCAAAGAAGGAAUCGACAAUCCAACAUUUGAAAAUUCACGGGAAAGUGAUGAUACUGCAACUUUCCCUACGUUUGACACUGCCGAGAGUAUUGAAUCACAAGGCAGCGAAAUUAAAGGAGAAACAAAAUUCCCGUCACCAACGGAAAGCGCUGCUGAUAAGAAGAAACGGAUGAAGAAAUCGCGAAUAGUUUUUAAGGACCCACAAGGUAAUGAAUUGCCUGACGAAGUGCAAAACAACAUUUGCCGCUUCCGCAUGAAACAGAAGCGCGGGACUAUCGACGUUUGGUGGCUCUACGAUGACGGCGGCCUCUCUAUGCUGUUGCCCCACAUCUUGACGACGCGUUCCAAUUGGGCCAAAUCCAAAUUGCGCGUUUUCUGUCUGGCCGACGACAAUGAGGAACAACUUACCAAACAGAAAAGCAUGAGACUCUUGUUGGAGAAAUUUCGCAUUCCCGUUUCGGAUGUGGUCGUGAUUCAUGAUAUGACACAUCCGCCCUCUAAGCAAACCAAGAUCUGGUUCGACAACCUCACAAGCGAAUUUGUCCGCAAAGAUGACGAUCCAAGCAACGCUGAUUCCAAUAUUCCAGUGAUCAAAGAGUCCGAGCUGUUGGCCCAGAAGCACAAAACGUUUAAUUUUAUGAGACUUAGAGAGUUACUGCUGCAGAACUCUUUGGAGGCAAACCUCGUUGUAAUGACACUGCCAAUAUCGCAGAAAGGAAUAGUCAGUGGUCCGCUUUACAUGUGCUGGUUGGAAACACUUACUGCCAGCAUGCCACCAUUUCUUCUAGUUCGUGGCAACCACACAUCUGUCCUCACUUUCCAUUCUUAACACCUCGACUUUCACACUACGAACUUUUGGAUAUGAAAAACAGCGGACAAUUUAAGUUCCACAAUCGUUCUUUGAGUGCCAAUAGGCACAAAAGAAUUCAAACGAAUCAUAUUUUACCCUGUUACACGUCAUUUCUUUGUUAUUUGAACUACCCACGAUACACAUGUAAAUGUAAUAACGAAAGUAUUUUUUUGUUAUCAUCGUUCUU